AUGUCGUUCUUCGGGUACCGAAGCUCUUCCAGCCGAGCUUCGCAGCAGGAGACGCACUUGAGCGAGCUCGAGCGGCUGAGAGGACGUCAGCUGGCGAGUCUAGUUCGCGCAGGCGGUCGGGCCAAGAAUCAGCAGCAAACAAUUUUUGAGGUGCCUGUAGCCGACACUCCACGCGGUCCACUUGCGUUGCAGCUACAACUACCAACUGAAUUCCCUGUCAAGGUUCCUCGACUCAAGGCAUCGAUUCCGGUGCAACAUCGGUGGCUGGAUGCUGCGGGCAAUGUACAGGGCCAUCCGGAUCUAAGCAAAUGGACGGCGCACUCGGAUCUCGGACGCAUUGUGACAGAAACUGUAACGGAAUUGCGAUUAGUGGCGAGUAGUGCGUCAUCGAGCAAGCCGCCCGUGUCUUCUGCAACAAGUAGCUCGCCUGCGCCGGCUGCGUCGCUGUCUCCGUACCCAGGAUCGAGAUCCAGCUACACAUCUCCAAGUCGACAGUCCUCACAGCCUCAAAUUCAGCAACCGAAGCAGCAAGCGCCGGAUACGAGCAAACUGCAGCGAACGCAAAUGCCCGUGAUCCCUGCGAUCUUCCCGGAACUCGAAGAAUUAUCCCUCUCACAGCUUGAAAAGCUGAGCUCGGACAAACGAGCAUUGAAGAAGUUUGUGAAGGAAUUAACUUCAGUUAAAGAGUUCACACAGUUGCGAGACGAGGUCUUGCAUAGCAAUAUGGGCAUCGCAAAGGCGACUCUCAGUUACGAGACCGAGCUGCGUGAGCUCCAAGAAGUGGUCGAAGCUCAACGUGUAGAGCUACGUGCAGCUCAACAAGCUUUGGCGGAGAAACAGGCGAGACAACAACGGAUCGUUGCGCGUCAUCGUCCAGAUGCACUACUGGAGCAGCUCUCGGCAGCAACAAAAGAUGUGGACAACGAGUCGGACGAGAUUGCUACACAGUUCGCACAUGGCGACAUUGAUGUGGCGCAGUUUAUCUCCACAUAUCUGCCACAGCGUAAUUUGUACCACGAACGCACGCUCAAACUCGCACGAGUGCAUCAGCACUAG